AUGGAUGCAAUGGGUGCAGAGGAGGUCCUUCCAGGCGCGACGACGCCAGUCAAAGCCAAUGGAUGUAGAAAAUCGCGUGAUUUUGAUCCAGGCGUACCGGUAGAGGAUGAAUGCGACGAUGGUGAUCAUGAUGACGACAAGGCAAUCGAUCCGCAAGAUGGCGAAGAACCAGAUGAUGAUGAAGACGAUGAGAGUUUUGUAACUAUGCAAGAGAUGAAAGGCAGUGAGCACAACGGCGACGACGCUGAGGUCUUUGCCAAUAAGUUGGGAUACGAAGACAUGACAACUGCAAACAAACGCGUCAACGACAACAACAGUAACCACAAGAGGCCCAGCAAGGUGAUUCUCCAAAUGGUUCAAGACUACAUCAAUAAUAAUUCGAACGAGGAACACUGCGACAGCAACCAAAAAGUGGCCCAUCGAACGUCUUCCUUUCGACGCAUGUCACAGCAUCUGUCCAGAGAAUUGGUGAGACAGCAGUCAUCCAUCGUAGAAGCACUACCAGAAACACCCGCUGGAUGGACCGUCUUGGUUUCAGCUUUGGCAUCGGCAGUCCUAGGAUAUGAAUUGCAUCUCCAACAGUCGCUAUCCUGUCCUCCAUGGGUAUUCGGACAGUGUACUGCCACUGACAAAACAAACACGGACCACAACAGCAACCAACAAACACCUCUGCAACCCAUUUUUGAUAGACUCACGGCAACGCCCAAUGCCAUUCUGUCGCGGCCGAUUAAGCCUUCUCUGUUUGUGGGAACACGAGGAACCAUGGCCAGCGCGGCUGGUUACGCUCUCUGGGGUCCUCCAUCGACCGAUCGACAUCUUGCCUUUAAGCAAGUACUCACAAUGAGUGCCGAUGGAGCCAACAUUUUGCUCGAUUGGGAACUUCCACCACUAAUACCAACAGACAAACAGAACAACCACAUUACAGAUCAAGAACGAAUAGAACACGUAAAAACCAAAGGAGCUAUCCAACAACCAGUCAUUCUCAUAUUGACAGGAAUGAACAACGAUACAAGUUUCGGGUACGUCAAAUCGUUGCAACGAACAUUCACCGACCGAGGAUGGAUUGCCGUGGCAAUGAACUUUCGAGGCGUUGGAGGAAUCAAGUUGGCAACUCCUCGCUGCUACAACGGUGGUUACACGGGGGAUCUUCGAGGCGUCGUACAGUACUUGGCUUCGCGGUUGGCACCCAGUGUACCACUGUUCCUCGUAGGAAAUAGCUUGAGUGCCAACAUUGUCACAAAGUACCUUGGAGAAGAAGGCCAGAGUGGAACGCUACCCGCCUGUGUAGCAGGAGGUGCAGCUCUGGGAAAUCCUCUACUGAUGCACGUCAAUAAUCUUCACACUCCCUGGAAGGAAGUAUUGGCAUUGGGUGUCAAGAAAGAUUUGAUUCUCAAUUGGCCCGUACUGCGGCAUAUGACGGUGCCAUCGUUCCGCGAGGCCAUCUACAACACCCUGAAGGCCCGCACCAUUGGAGAUGUCGAUGAAGCCCUAGCUCCAAUCUUCAUUCGGAACGAAGCUUACUAUCCAUUCGCCGUGAGAAUAGGAUUUAGAGAUGCCGAACACUAUUGGGCCGACAGCUCUUCCUUCAAAUAUAUCAAGCACAUCUCUGUACCCUGCCUGCAGCUAGUGGCCGGCGAUGACAUGAUUGUAUACAAGUCCUUCCAAAAGACGAUGACUCACUGCAUUCAGAAUCCGUACGUCAUGUGCGUUGAAACCAAGUGUGGUGGUCAUCUAGGCUGGCAGGAGAGCCCUCCGGAUUCGAAUGCAUUUGGAGUUGGAACUAGCUGGGCAGAUCGCGCCACUGCCGAUUUCUUUGAAGCCAUUCUGAAGACUGGAACCUUUGACUACCGAAUAGCAUCAGAGACACCGCGGUCUGAGGCUGACACGGCAAAACAUUCCUCAGUAGCGCCUCAAACUGUUGACUUGCCAAGAUUCAGAUCCAAACUAUAG